GCUGUCUAAGUAUUUGUAAUUUCAAUUUUUAAAAGAAUAAGAAUAAAUGUAGCGUAGCAAACUAGUUUUAACCUUAAUUUAAUCAAUUAUUAACUAAAACUUCGACUUGUUGUUCGUUGUUUGUAAAUUUCGACUGGCUGAAGGGUCCUGUAGAAAUAUAUUAAGAGACCCAAAAUGGAGUCAGCAGGGAACUGGUGCUUGAUAGAAAGUGACCCAGGAGUGUUCACUCAACUUAUCAAGACAUUUGGUGUCAAAGGAGUACAAGUAGAAGAAAUGUGGACCAUUGAUGAGGGAAUAUUCGAAAAUUUGAGGCCAGUCCAUGGAUUGAUAUUCUUGUUCAAAUAUGUACAACACGACGAGCCAUCAAGCCCCGUUGUGACUGACGAGCGGCUGCAGAAAAUUUACUUUGCUAAACAGGUUAUAAAUAAUGCUUGUGCAACGCAGGCAGUUGUAAGUCUGCUAUUAAACUGCAACCAUCCGGAUGUGGACCUAGGCCCUGAGUUGACUAAGUUGAAGGAGUUCAGCAUGUCUUUUGACCCAAAAAUGCGUGGGCUUACAUUAAGCAAUUCGCAAACUAUUCGCGCCGCACACAACUCUAUGGCCCAACAGACCUUGUUCGAGAUUGAUCCUAAGAUGGCAUCUAAAGAUGAGGACACAUAUCACUUCAUUGGGUACACAGAGAUAGAUGGACGAAUUUACGAGCUGGAUGGGCUCAAGGAAGGGCCCAUAGACCACGGGCCUGUUUCAGCCGAGCAAGACUGGCUCGAUGUCGUGCGGCCUAUCAUAAUAAGAAGGAUUAAUGCAUACAUAGAUGGUGAGAUCCACUUCAGCCUGAUGGCAAUAGUGUCAGACAGGAAAAUGAUAUAUGAAAGACAAAUGGACGAACUGCUCAAUGAAAAUCACGUGCUGGGGAUGGAAACAGACGAUGUUGAAAACGAAGUGAGACGAUUGAAGUUGUUAAUAGAAUACGAAGAUGCGAAGAUGGACAAAUACAAACAAGAUAUGAUCAGGCGACGGCACAACUACUUGCCCUUCAUCAUUACAUUGUUGAAGAUAUUAGCGGAGGAGAAGAAGCUCGUGCCGCUCUACGAGAAGAUGAAGGAGCGUCUCGUGAAGAAGAAAGAGAAAAAACUAAAAGUAUAACAUGAGAAGAGGGCGGGAUCUCGUCCUGCCCGCGAGCGUCAUGCUCGUACUUCGACUCAGUCUAGUCCUUCACGUGUAUUACCUGAUUCGGAAAAUAUGUAUACUUUAGCUGACUUAGACGCCAUUUUUAGAGAACCACAGGAGCCAAUUAUGGCAUCGCCACCACUGCCGCCGCCACCAACGCCACCACCGCCGCCACCUCCGCCGCCACCUCCGCCGCCACCUCCGCCGCCACCGGCGCAACCGCUGCCACCGCCGACGUCGCCACCGCAGGUGGACCAACUUAUGGAAGCGGACUUUAGCCUAGGUUUGAUUGAACCCGACGAGAUAUUAAAAGACGUUAUAAUGCCGCCGACGUUUGGCAGCUCUAACAUUUUCGACGAUCCGUGCAUGAUGGACGACAGCUUCUUAGAGAUGGAUGACAUACCUCGGGACGAUUUACUCGAGAAUGAAGAUUUCGACGUUAGUAAAUUUUUCAAUUUACCUGAUGACACUCGGGAUGGUAAUGUUGGUCAGGAGUGAAUUCGCGUAAAUAAUUGACCUGAAAAGUGCUAUGAAAACGCUCACGAAGUGUAGUAGAUAUUAUAGAUAUAGUUCAUCAGUAACUCAUUUGACAAAAAAUUUAAAUGAUUUUGUAAAAUAUAUAUUAUUAUGAUUUUUAAUGAAUUAGGACAUGUUUUAAAAAAAGAGAGUAUUUUACCUUGUGUAGGAAUAUAACAAUAUAAUAUGUAUGUAUUUAAUAUGUAGAUGCUAGCUUUUUUUAAACUGCUUUCGAAAUCUUCAGAGUUGGUAAGCUCAGCUGAUACAUAUGCUCAUACUAGUAUAAUUAUUAUAUCAAAAUAUAAAUUUAAUAAAUGGGUUACAGUCAGCGUCAAAAAGACAGCGUUUCAAGACAAGCGUCAGUCAGCGAGACUUCAAAUUUAGAAAUAAAGGUUAAAUAUUAAAAAAAUACAAAAAUUUAAUAUGAAUUGCAUUAUAAUUAUACAAAAUAAGCUACUAAAACCAGAGUAACGGUACAGAGCUCCGUCUCUGUAUGUUUAUAGUCAAUGUUGAUAUUAAUAUGUGAACUGAUGAUAGUAUUUGUCAACAAUCUAAUUUGAAUCCUAUAAUCGUACAUUAAAAGUUAAUUUUCCACAAAUGUAUGUAAAUGUAUAUUUUUGAACACUGGGUGGUUCUAUGUUAUGAUAUAUUUAGUGUUUUCUAUGUUUGUGGAGUCCCGAUAUAUUUGAGUAUUUUUGAUGACGCUAUCUAUUUGGUCAGUUUCGGUGAAUCUAUGUAUAUGAUGAAGAUAAGUGUUGCCAUGUUUAUGAAUACAAUGGGUGACACUAUAUUUUUGAUGCUGACUGUACUUUAUACCUUUUAUGAUAUUAAAUAGAUAAAUAUAGUAUGUAAGAUGUGUAGUCCUAUAAUGCUUUGUGUUUUUUAUUGUUAGUAUAGGAACUACUUCUUUGACAACCCAUAUAGCCCUGUUGUUAGUGACCCUGACUACAAGGCUAGAGGGCCCGGGUUCGAAUCUCGGUAGAUGCAAAUAUUUAUAUGAUGAGUAUGAAUAUGUUUGUUUCCGAGUCAUGGAUGCUAUGGAUAUGUUAUUAUGUAUGUUUAUGUAAGUAUAUUGUAUUAAAUAUAUCAUUGUUUUGAAUCAUAGUACAGGCUAUGCCUAGUUUGGGGCAACACAAUUUUGAUAUUAAGAACAGGAUUUCACCAAUUUUGUUUUCACCGCACUCCACAGCCGUUAUAUUUUAACGGUAAGAUAUAUAAAAGAAGCCUAGCGUGUCUGACUGUUUAUAAUAUAAUAAUAAACUAAAUUAAGUUUAGAUUGGCUUUCCUUUACGCUAGGAUAAUAUAGUCAUUGUGGACUGUAAUCAAUUGCAGGACAGUGUCAUCAAAUCAUUCUAUAUAUAUAAUAAGUGUCGGGAUUUGACGACCCAAUUUAUAAGUCACUUGCGCACUCAGUUGUUCACUGCCCUUAUGAGCGUAGAUUUUUUUUUUAAUUUACCAUGGCAGGUAUUUAUUUUCAACAUCACUAGAUUUGUUAUGUGACCGCAAUUCUAACCCACUUUUAUAUCCAUAGCACGGUGGACUGCGUGCCUUAGUAAGACGGUCAGAAUUAUUUGAUUAGUUAGUUUGUUCUGCUUUUAUUGGAUAUGCUCAUAAUACAUCUUACUCAAGGCCAAUUAAAUAAAAACAGAUUUUGCGGUACAAUUAAAUUAAUUAAUUAAUCACCAUAAUUUUAACUAAACAAAGUUAAAUUGAAAUCUAAGUUAGUUACCGCUAUCUAAUAACUAUACAGCGUUAACAGGUAUUACAGACUUUAUUUGCGGAAGUUUUCUGCUGGAAAUGAUCAAUGGAUCUGAUUUCAGUAGAAGUCUGUUUAUGGAGACCCGUCAUAAUUUUCUAGUGUGUUAAAUCUAAAUGUCCUAACAUUUAUACUAUUUAAUGAUUUGUCAAUAAUAUUUCAUAACGUCAACAAUUAAUUCGUGAAAUAUGCUCCAUGUUGUUAUAAUGAAAUUGUUUCAGUCACAGUAAGGUCCCAAAUCGAAAUAAAAACUAUCCUAUCUCUAAAAUUGGACUUAACUGCACUCCAUGUGUAAUCGCAAUUAAAACCCGUUUAUUAGUUCAGGGAGUCCACUGGAAAUAAACAUCAGGACACUGGAUUUAGGUAUUUUCUAAAACUACCUCCAUUUUGUUGAAUUAUGGCCUCUAUCGUGCGCGGCGUGCAUUGGUCACUUCAUUAGUUUUAUAUCAACUACUUUGUUUAUAUAUCACAUGAUUAGACGAUUUUUAUUCAUUCACUAUUAUGUCCUUUUAUGACUAAUUUAUCGAAUGAAUUCUUAUUAAUUGACCAUAACAUCGUUAAUAUAAUGCUAUUUUAUGUAUUUGAUUCACCACUAUGGCUAUUUUAUGACUGAUCUCCAAUUAGAAUACACACACAGUUGACACUUUUAUUUAUGAACUGGUCCUGCUAUUUUGUGUUCAAUAUAACAUCAGUCAUUUAGUUAUUUUAAUAUUUUAAAUAUUUUUAUUGUCAGUGACUACUUAAUCAAUUUAAUAAUGUAUGUCUAGUUUGACAAAAUAUGUAUUUUCUUAAAUUUUUAUCCAUUGUACAAUUUUAUCGUUUUCGAUUCUUCACUAUUUUACGAAAAUCUAUUUAUUAUAUUUGCUCAUUACGAUUAAACGAUUUUAUCAGUAAUUCUUUAUUCAAUCAUUCUGCACUUCUGCACCAUCGGUUGCUAUCGAGAGAAACCCAAGUGUUUGACUUCUAGUAUGUAUAUUCACUGAUAGUUUUAAAGGAUUUUAAAUCUCAUUUAUAGUAUUAGUUAAUUUAAUACAAAUUAAAAUAUAUGCAUAGUGUUUUAGAAUUCAUAUUUCAAUAUCAACGUUUUAACGAAUAUUUUCUUAAAGAUCAUAUAAAUACACGACAUUCGAAGUAAUGUGUUUUAAUCAAUUAAAAUUAUCUGUAUUAUAUUACUAUUUUAAUCUUAGCUUAAAGAUAUGUUAUUAACAUUUUAAAAUUAGUAUCUUUAAUAAUUAGAUUAUUAGAAUGAUAUAGCCCCAGGUAUCUAAUAUGAAUGUUCGGCGGUUUUAAAGCGGUCGUGUAAGUGGCAAAAAUAAAACAAUUGGAACAAAUAAUUGUAAAAUACAUGUAUUAUUAUGUUAUAAUGUACAUUGAGGCUAAAUUUCUCAAGCAUUUUUUUAAUUAUAAUAAUAAUUGUAUCCUGUAGAAUUUCGGUGAGCCCUUUUCAAAAUUAUUUCCUGUCAUUGUACCAAUUACGGGCAACUAUAUAGUUGCUAACGAUCUGCAUUGAUUUUGACCGAAAAUUGUUUUGACAAUGGCUCUUGGUGAUUUGUGCGCUUGGCGUGCCGAUCACAAUCAAUGAUUAUUUCAAUAAUUACUAGAAAGUAAUAUAUGUGAAUGGCUUA